AUGGAAUGGUGGGGAAAAGUGAUUAAAAGAACGAUCUUUGAGAAUCCCCCAUGCACAUCAAAUGAUCGGAUCUCGGAAAUGUGUAAAGCCCUCUUUGCUCACUAUGAGAAUCCAGCUGAAUGGAAAAUUGUUGACGAAGAGACGAUUCCCAUUCUGGAGCGUCUCCGUUUAAAGGGAAUCCACACGGCUGUCAUCUCGAAUUUCGAUUUUCGUCUUAAGAAAUUGCUUGAUGAUUUCCACUUGUCUUCCCUCCUCGAAUUGGUCGUUUUGAGUGGUGAAGUGGGCAUCGAAAAGCCUAAUUCACGAAUUUUCGAACUUGUCACCGAUCAUUUCCACCUCAAAUCACCCAAACAUUUGCUGCAUAUCGGUGAUCACCUGCAAAAAGAUUUCCACGGAGCGAGGAAUUUCGGAGCAAAAUCCCUCCUUUUCGAUCCGAAGAAUCGACAAAAUGAUAGCGAAUUCUCGCCAGCCGAAAAGAUCACAAAAAUAGCCGAGAUUUUGACUCAUGUAGAA